AGAGGCCUGUUGAUGUAGGAGGGGACACUGAGCAAGACAGCCGCACUGAGAAAAAGUUCUGCUUCAUCUUUCUGCAGGAGAACAACUGAGAUCUUUUCAGAUAAUCUGCUUGGAUUUUUAAGAUUUGAAGAAAGUCAAAUUUAGUAUUUGGUGGAUUUUACCAGUGUUUCAGCAAGGCCGAGGGUAAAUCAAACUUCUGACCAGGAUGAAGUACUUCCAGUGCCCUGUGGACUCCCAGACCAUAGGAAUCAAGGCUUACACCCAGCAGGACUGUGGCGUCCCAGUCUGCAAGAGCUGUGAUUCUCUGAAGCAAAUCCGCAGUGUGCACUUCCCCAAUGACGUUGUUUUCCAAGACUAUGUACGACACGGCGAGCUGGAGAGGAUUGGACUUUUCAUGCGGGCCAGAAGAGUCAGCCUAGACACCAUCUACCACUCCGGCAUGGCUGCCAUGCAUGAGGCCGUGCUGACCGGGAACCUGGACUGUGUGAAGCUGCUGGUCCUCCACGGAGCAGAUAUCCACCAGAGGGACAAGGAGGGAUGGACCCCGCUGCACAUGGCCUGCAGCGACGGUUUCCCACACAUUGCACGCUACCUUCUCUCGCUGGGUGCCGACCCAGAGCUGGAGAACGACUGCGGGGAGAAGCCAGCUGACCUCAUCGACCUGGAGAACAAGGAGCUGCCGGAGAUCUACGGGCUGGCUGUCAAUGACUAAGAGUAUGUUGCUUUUAAAGACACAAACUCGUCUGGAAUCUACUGCACAGUCACACAACUGUUUCGCAGGGAUGGACACAAAGGGCCCUGUCAGUCCAGCAUCUUGAUCUUGUGAGCAGACUCAGCUCUGGAAGUCAAAGACUGUGUAUUAGUGGCAGAAAGAGGGCCGACAGUAACAGAGCCUGUUGGCUGUCUCCUGAAUGGAGGGAACUUUCGCUGUUGGGGCUUCCCCCUGAUCUCCAGUUGCAGAAUGACUGAGCUUCUCAUAUUUUUAUACCAUAACGAACUGAAUAAAUAAUUUUUUUAUUUGCCAUUUUAUUAUAUUUUUAUGUCGCUGGAAUUAGGGCUUCUGAAUGUUGUGAAAUUGUUGUUUCACUGUGAGCUCAUUAGCACCUCUCUGAAAGCUAACAUUAGCUUGUGUUGACUGCCUUACUAUCAAAUGUGUUUACAAUUAAUCAGAAGUUAUAAACCCCCAAGUUGUUGUUUUUUCCCUUCUGAUCACUUAGUUAACUGUCUUCAUUAGUGGUUGUUUGUACAGUAUAUGACUUUUUAUACUUUUUGAAAUAAACUUUAUUAAACAA